UUCAUUCAAAAUGAUAAAUUUUCUGAAUCCAGUAUCUUGAUAUUGGUGAAGGAGAGAAUGGCUAUUAUACAAGAAAGAAAUUUUCUCAUGGAAGAGAACAAAUUACACCAAAAGGAGAAGGAAGUUCUGCAUAAAAGCAAGGAGCUGGCAGAUGCCCAAAUAAAUGCUCUAGGAAGGUCAUUUGAAUCUGCUAAAAAAGAUAUAAAGGACAAAGAAAAUCAGAUCCAAAAUUUGAAGCACUUGUUGGAACUUGCACAAAACGAAGUCAAUGUCUGCAGAUCUGAAAUCACAUCACUUAAACUGCAGUUGGAGAGUUCUAGAGCUUCUUUGGGAUGGGAUAAUUCUAAGGGUGAAUCCUCGACAAUGCUGUAUGAAGAUGAACUGGAUGCCUCUAAGACUGAAUUUCAAAGUCUGAAGUUGGAAGCUGCAAAUCUAAAUGAGAAAAAUCUGUCCGCGAAAACUGAAUGUGCUGAUCAGGUGACUGAGGAUAAGAAUGUGGAGGUGGAAAUACAUGAAGACAAAGCAGUUAAUCUCAUUACAAAAGAGGUGUCUACUUGUUCAGAUGAUUCAAUGCAGGCAAUCCUAUCUAAAAGAAAACCUGAUAAAUGUAAGGGAUCACAGGUCACUGCAAUGGAUUCAUCAGUUAUCACUGUAAAUGGUGUGGAUAUCAUAGAAAAAGAUGAAAAUGCUGCUGAAGGGGAUGAAUAUUCAAAUUUUGAGAAUAAUGAUAAAUUUGUUCAGACAGAUUGGAAUAGCAUGCCUUCAACAAACAUUAGCUUAGAGACAGUUCAAGUUCUUGCGGAUGCUCUGCCUAAGAUUGUCCCAUACGUUCUAAUAAAUCACAGAGAGGAACUUCUCCCUUUAAUAAUUUGUGCAAUUGAACGCCAUCCCGACAGUGGUACUCGCGAUUCCUUGACACAUACAUUGUUCAACUUAAUAAAACGACCUGAUGAGCAGCAACGAAGAAUUAUAAUGGAUGCAUGCUUAGCCCUCUCGAAGAAUGUCAGGGAGAUGCGAACAGAAACGGAGUUGCUUCCUCAGUGCUGGGAGCAGAUUAAUCACAAGUAUGAGGAGAGGAGAUUGCUUGUUGCACAAUCUUGUGGAGAGCUUGCACAGUUUGUUCGAUCUGAGAUUCGCACGUCUCUAAUCUUGUCUAUUGUACAACAAUUGCUUGAGGAUUCAGCUGCUGUUGUCCGGGAGGCGGCUGCUCAUAACUUGGCGCUGCUGCUACCGCUCUUUCCAAAUACUGACAAAUAUUUCAAGGUUGAAGAGAUGAUGUUUCAACUCGUCUGCGAUCCAUCGGGUACUGUUGUUGAGACUACACUGAAAGAGCUUGUACCAACUGUAGUUAGCUGGGGAAAUAGAUUGGACAAUGUUCUUCAUGUCCUGCUCUCUCACCUUUUAGCAUCUGCUCAGCGGUGCCCACCACUUUCUGGUGUUGAUGGUUCUGCAGAAGCUCGCCUUAGAGUACUUGGUGAAAGAGAACGUUGGAAUAUUGAUGUUCUUUUGCGCAUGCUGAUGGAGCUGCUUCCUGUUGUGCAGCGGAAAGCAUUUGAAACAUGCCCAUUUCCUUGUGACAUUUCCAGGACAUCUGAUCCAGAUGUAUCAUUCUUUUCUAAAUCUUUGCUUGAAGUGUAUGCAAGGGAAGAAAAGGUGUGGCCUACUUUUGACGGGAUACAUAUGGACUGUUUGACAGCUUUGAUUGGACUUGCAUCUUUAUUACCUCCUAGAGAAGACAGUCUUCGAACCCGUAUAGCAAAGCUCCUUUUGGCUUUAUCUGAGCUCUUUGGGGAGUACUAUGUCAACAAUAUUAUGCUUCCAUUGUUUUUAACUGCUCUUGGAGACAAUGUUGGCACUCUGCAUGUGCCUUCUAGCUGUGAAUCUCGAAUAAGAGAUCUGAAACCAAAAACAACAGUGGCGGAGCGACUGUCUGUCAUAUGUGUACUUCCACUGCUGCUUACAGGGGUAUUAGGUGUCUCUAGUAGAGAAGCACAGCUUGCUGACUAUUUACGGUCAUUGAUUCUACGAAACACACUUAAGCAUGGUGCUUGGACCUCAUCUACUAGUCCUGAGUUGAUUGAUGCUGUGCGCUUUCUUUGUUCCUUUGAAGAGCAUCAUAGAAUUGUUAUCAGUGUACUUUGGGAGAUGGUUGUCAGCACGAAUGCGAAUGUCAAGAUCACUGCUGUUAAUCUCUUGCAAGUUCUUGUGCCAUAUGUAGACAUGAAAAUUGCUUCAACACAAAUUUUACCUGCUUUAGUAACACUGGGUUCUGAUCCAAAUCUUAUUGUUAAAUACUCUAGCAUAGAUGCAUUCGGAACUGUUGCUCAACACUUCAAGAAUGAAGUGAUCAUUGACAAAAUUCGUAUCCAGAUGGAUGCUUUUCUUGAAGAUGGAUCACAUGAGGCUGUAGUUGCUGUUGUUCGUGCUCUAUCUGUAGCUGUGCCACUUACAACAGAGAGACUGCGGGACUAUCUUCUUCAAAAGCUACUACAGCUUACAGCAGCUCCAGUGCAUGGAUCUGAUCUGGUUCGGCGCCGUGAGAGAGUUAAUGCCUUUUGUGAAGCAAUUCGUGCUUUGGAUGCCACAGAACUUACACCCGCCAGUGUGAGGGAGUUGCUUUUGCCAGCAAUCCAGAACUUGUUGAAGGACCCAGAGUCACUUGAUCCAGCUCAUAAAGAAGCUCUGGAGCUAAUAAUCAAGGAGAGAUCUGGGGGUACAUUAGAUGCUCUUACCAAGGUCAUGGGAAGCCAUCUCAGCAUGACCUCCGUGUCCCAUCUCGGCAUGACCUCUGUGACCAGUCUUUUUGGAGAUAGUGGUCUUUUAGGAAAGAAAGAUACAGGAGAUGUCUCUGAUACUGCAGGACAACGGCUGUCUCAGUAUGAAGAUAACAGAUUCAGACGGAUCAUGAGGGGCAACUUCAGUGAAAUGAUUAGAGGCAAAGGAAAAGUACAGGAAGAAAAUAGCCACUCGAGUCCCACUUGAGCACUCUAGACAUACUUGUAACUGCUGGACGGAGAAGUUUGUGGUCUUAGAUAAAAUAAAUAUAUUUUUUGUGUACAAGUUGGGACAGCUUUUAUGCUGACCCUUUUAGUUUAUUGAUCCAGGAUCUAUCCUAUAAAUUUUUCUCGAGCAGGAGAGUUCCUUCUUUUGAAUUUAAUACUUGCUGCUGGACAAAGGUUGGUUUAGAAAGAUUAUCUUUUAAGAUAUUAGUAAACAGAAUUAUAUGGUUGCAAUUGAUUCGAAAUUUAAGAAUUGGUGCUUCCAGAAAAAAAAUGAUUUUUUUGGUGUUGAUUAUGUUAGCAUUUGAUCCAUUCAAUAAAGAAUUAAAAUUACGAAUGA